GUGGUGAAAGGAGACCGAGGAAGCGGGAGACAGGAUGCACUUGAUGAACAUCACCCUCCAGGAGGGCGGCGCCAUUACGGACGCCGUCUACGGCAACUUCUGUGGCACCAAGAGUCAAGAUAUUGUGUGCAGUGGAGGGACGUCCAUCCGCUUGUUGCAGACGCAGUCGCCGUCAGAAACGGGAGGUGUGCUCAAGCAAUUGCAGACGAUCCAUAGCCAGCAAGUGUUUGGUGUCGUUCGAUCGCUGAUGCCAUUCCGUUUAACUGGCGGCACGAAGGAUUACCUGGUUGUGGGAACAGACUCUGGAAAGAUCACUGUGUUGGAGUAUAUGGUCGACUUGUCACGAUGGGAAGUUCGCCAUUCUGAAACUUUCGGUAAGACGGGCUGCCGUCGCAUCACACCUGGGCAAUACCUGGCCACCGAUCCCAAAGGCCGUGCGAUCAUGGUUGGCGCGGUGGAGAAGCAAAAACUUGUAUACAUCAUGAAUCGCGAUGCAUCCAACCGAUUGACAAUCUCGAGCCCGCUGGAAGCACAUCGAUCGCACGCUAUCCACUUUGACAUGGUCGGUGUGGAUGUCGGGUUUGAGAACCCGAUCUUUGCCAUCCUCGAAGUCGACUACUCCGAACACGACGAUGGAUCUCUUGAUGCAUCUGAAGCUGUCAAGUCGCUCGUGUACUACGAGCUUGACCUUGGUCUCAACCACGUCACACGUCGUUGGAGUGAACCAGUGAUGCGUUCAGCGAACAAACUCAUUGCCGUGCCAGGAGGGACCGACGGGCCUGGUGGUGUCUUGGUGUGCUCGGAAGGCUGGAUCGUAUACAAGAAUGAACGUCAUCCAGAGGUCCCUUGUCGAAUCCCGCAUCGCGCGCGCCCUGUCAACACAAACGUCGAUGUGCGGUCGGAAGUGCUCAUCGUAGCUUCGGCGACACACAAACAGCGCGAUCUAUUUUUUAUCAUUGUGCAGUCGGAACUCGGGGAUUUGUACAAAGUCACCCUCACGUACACGAAUGAUGAAGUGUCGGCGGUCAAGGUCAAGUUUUUUGAUACGCUGCCGCCAGCCGUCGCGCUGUGUAUCACCAAGACGGGAUAUCUCUUUGCUGCCAGCGAAGCAUCCAAGCACUACUUGCUCCAGUUCCAAUCGAUUGGCGACAACGACAGCACGGCCGAAGCCCACUCGUUCCAGGAAUACGUGCCGAGCUUUAGCUUGCGGCGACUGACCAACCUGGCGCUCGUCGAGAGCCUCGACAGUCUGGCGCCGAUUACUCAACUCUUAGUCGACGAUUUGGCCAACGAACACACGCCUCAAAUGUAUGCCCUGUGCGGUCAAGGCAACCGAUCGACGCUCCGCGUCCUGCGUCAUGGUCUAAGUAUCACAGAGGUGGCAUCCUCGCCGCUCCCCCACAUCGCCAAAGCCGUAUGGUGUCUAAAAGCGCGUCAUGACGACGCAGUUCACAAGUAUAUUGUUGUUUCGUUCGAAGACAACACGUUGGUCCUGGAAGUAGGCGAAAGUGUCGAGGAAGUAACCAACACGGGGCUCACCAAAGAAGUCGGAUCCCUCCUCGUUGGCCUUCUUGCUGAUGACUCAAUUGUCCAAAUCCAUCGCCAAGGGUUCAACCACGUUCGACAGUAUCACGGCGUCAUGCAGUUCAAAGCACCAGGGAAAAAGGUGAUUGAAAAGUGCUCGGCGAAUGCCCGCCAAGUUGUGCUGAGCAUGGCUGGGGGGACGUUGAUCUACUUUGAGCUGAAUGCGGCGGGGGAAUUGGCCGAGGUCGGCCGCACUGAAACACUUGGCGAAAUUAGUUCGUUGGACAUUGGACCGGUCCCCGAAGGUCGCCAGCGCUUUCCUUUCUUGGCUGUGGGGUCCUACGACGGCAAUGUUCGCAUCUUGAACCUCGACCCGAACAACUUGUUUGCUGACCAAACGCUGCUGGCACUCCCUGGGUCCCACCCCCACAGUUUGUGCUUUGCCCAGCUCCAGCAUGAACCACACGCAGACGCGCUUGGCGGCCAUGCGCUCUUUCUCAGCAUUGGGAUGGAAAACGGGGUGUUCCAGCAGUCGCGCAUAGACCCUCUGACAGCCAAAGUUCUCGACACUCGAACUCGUUUCUUGGGUGUCAAGCCCGUCAAAUUGGUGCGUGUCCAAGUUCAAGGCAAACAAGCGAUUUUAGGGUUGAGUUCACGGGGCUGGCUGAGCUACUUUUACGGCGCCAGACGCCAGUUGACUCCUCUGUCGUGCGAACCUCUGUCGUACGCAAGUGCAUUUUUGUCGGAGCAGUGCAGUGAAGGGGUCGUUGCCGUCGCCCAGGACGAGCUCAAGAUCCUGACACUUGAUGCCCUCGGUCAAGUGUUCAACCAGCAGUUGCUCCCGUUAAAAUAUACCCCCCGCCAAGCGAUCGUGCACAAUGUCACUCGUCGUUUGUUGGUGCUGGAAGCCGACCACAACACGUUGACGGCCGACGAAAAUGCCAGCGUCGGAUUCGAAACAGCCACGUUCCCUCUCACAGACGACGACGACGAUGAAGAAAACCACUUGUUAAACUAUCGUCCUCCCGUUCCGGAGGGUGCAGGCCAUUGGGCAUCGUGCUUGCGCGUAAUCGAUCCGGUGACGUGCGAAACGGUCCUGUGCCACGAUUUCGACCCCAACGAACGCGCCAUGUGCAUGAGCACGUGCGUUUUCCACGACCGUGGCGGCGAAACCUUUUUGAUUGUCGGGAGCAUUGUCAGCAUGAAGUUGCACACGGGCACGAAAGUGACGCAAGCCGGGCAAUUGCGUGUGUACCGCUUGGUGGAAGGCACGUCUAUGGUGCUGGUGCACACGACCGAGUUGGAUGGGAUUCCGUACGCCAUGUGCGAAUUUCAAGGGCGACUGUUGGUGUCGGUUGGGAAGAUCCUGCGAAUUUACGACCUCGGCAAGAAAAAGAUGCUCCGCAAAUGCGAAAACCGCAACUUUCCGUCGACCCUUGUCAAGCUCACGACCGCCGGCGCCCGCAUCUACGCGUCAGAUAACCACCACUCGUUCCACUUUGUUCGAUACCGGGCCGACGACAACCAGCUCGUGAUUUUUGCCGACGAUUUUGUUCCGCGGUGUAUUUCUGCGUCGACGUUGGUGCGUGCAGUCGAAUGUGCCCUUGGAAGCGGUUGACUGAUGCCUCUUGGACAGGUCGACUACGACACGAUGGCGGGAGGCGAUAAGUUUGGCAACGUAUUUGUCGCGCGGCUGCCAUCUGAGGUGUCGGACGAAGUGGAAAACCCCACGGGCAACCGCAUGCUAUGGGACGCCCAUCUCUUGAACGGCGCCCCCAACAAAGUCGAGCAGGUAAUAGAAGCCGAGGUGGUUGCCUUGAUUGAGCUCCCUUGGGGUUUGGUUUGAGCAGGGAAUCGCUCUCGAUCCCUUGAACUCGACUGUGCCAAGGAUGGAUGAGCCGCGCAGAGUUAGUUGCUCAUGCUGUCUCUGCCAUAGGUGUGCCAAUUUUACGUUGGCGAAACGAUCACGUCCAUGGUUCGCACGAGAUUGGUGCCCGUCGGCAAAGAAGCUAUCGUGUACACAACCGUGAUGGGCCGCAUCGGCGCGCUCAUUCCGUUUUCAUCGCGUGUGGAUGUGGAUUUUGCCACGCACUUGGAAAUGUACAUGCGUCAAGAAGCGCCGCCUCUGUGCGGGCGAGACCAUUUGAGCUUCCGAUCCUACUUUAUCCCGGUCAAGGACGUGGCGGACGGCGACCUGUGCGAUCAAUUCGGCAUGUUGUCGGCGGAAAAGCAAUUGAAGAUCGCCCACGACAUGGAUCAAACCCCCAUGGAGGUGCUCAAGAAGCUCGAAGACAUUCGCAACGGCUUGUUGUAACAAGUUCCCAUGUUUCAUCGAUAUCAAAGAGGGUUUUGAGUUCGUUCCACCGAGUGUGUCGUGACUCGGUGCAGGGUGUGGGGCAGCACACGAAGGAGGUGGUUCCGAGGAAGCGCGACGCGUCAUCGCCUUUUCUCAGGCAGGUACCUCCUCUCGAAGGAGUCCAAUCCCGCCGGAUGGACUCAACCGAUGAACGUCCUGGAGCUGCGUCUCCAUGCACGGCAGACAUGUGCCAAGCUCGAGAAUCGGAAGCAUCGUUCGGGGGACGGCCGCUGUCGCCCGCCCUCUGCUCUCGUCGUGGACAGAAGAUAUAUUCGA